AUGGUGCUCUUUCUGUCCCGCGAUGGUGGCUCUUUUUCAUCCUCGUCGUCGUGUUCUUUUUUACCACCACCAGUGAGAAGAAUGAGAAGAAUAAAGAGUGCGAGUGAAAAUCAUUCGCAUCCCCAAUCGAAGAAUUGUUGGAAAAAGCGACGACGAGACGACUUUAUUAUGUGCGCCAAAAACAACGCCUCUGCUUCGUAUUCUUCUUCUUUAUUCAUAAAGAAGAAGAGACAAAGAGACAAAGGUAUCGCGUCGUACUGGUCCGGUUCCGGCAGCGGCGACGGCCCGUCGUUCGGGGGUACGUCUGGAGGGUCCUCCUCCUCGCAAUCCCAAGGAGGAUCUUUCAACUCGGGCUCGUUCGACGAAAAUUACGCGCAACAACAAAACUGGAACGAGUUCCCGAACAGAGAGGAUUUCGAGAACAUCGAGUGGCACUCGAAACCUUUGAACUUACGGUUUAAAGAUUUACUCAAAGAUGCGGACGAUAGCGGGUUUUGGAUCAUAUUUAGCACCGUCGGCGUUGGCAUCGUGGCGUAUUUAGAGUCGUGCGAAGAGCAAGCGAUUAAGCAAGGCUUGCAGUUGUUCGACGUGUUGCCGGUGCAGUUUCCGGACUCGUUGGCGCCUUUGUUUACGUAUUCGAGAAUUGCAGACGGGGAAAUCGUCUUACAAGGGAUUUUCUUAUUCGAGUUCUUCUUGCGGUUAUGGACGGAGGAUUUUAGCUUGCAAUAUUUGAGGAAACCGCUGGCGCUGAUUGAUUUCUUGGCCUUGUUGCCGACGUUUGGGUUUAUUUUCGAUUCGACGUUAGGGAUUGGUGGAGGCGCGGCGAUGGUUGCGACUGGGACCAAUCAGUACAGACCUUUGAGAAUUUUUAGAUUGUUUCGUUUGUUAAGAUUGUUAGAUAAAGAAGGCGAGGAGGAAAAGAAUAGAAGAAGAGGACGGAGACGAAGACGCAAGACGGCGAGGGAAAUCGAGCUGGAACAACAAAAAGCGGCGGACAGAGAAAUCACGGAAAAGAUUGUGGCGGUGUUGGUGGAAUUUUUGUGCGUGUUUUUAAUCAGCGCGGAAUUGUUUUUUGACAUUGAAUACGAGUCAAACGAUAAGAUUAGCGACGUCGGGGAUGCCAUUUAUUGGUCGUUUUUGACGUUAACCGGCAUCGGCCAGCCGUUUGAAGCUGUCACCGCGGAAGGAAGAGUGGUGACGGUGAUUUCGAUUUUGACCGCGCUGGUGGUGGUACCGAUUCAAUUAGCCGCGAUUGCUUCGGCGAGAUCGUCGAACAAUGCUUCCGUUGCUGGUAUGAGCGGCGGUGGGAACAUCGCGCCAAGUUUAGGAAUGAUUUCAAGCGUCGCGACAAACGCGUCAAACGCGCAGCAGCAACAAAUACAGCAACAAAAGCCGUCCCUGGUUACUACGAACGGUGUCAAGCCAAGUACAGGUACUGUGUCCUCCGUCACAGGAGCUGUUGAUUUAACCAAAACGGACUUUGUGAAUGAUAACACCGUGAUUUUAAACGGUGGUGGUGGUGAUAGUACGAGUCUCAUGGGAGGAGGAGGAGGAGGAGGAUAUUAUCGACCUCAACCUUCGGAUUGGGAAUUAGACCGAAGUAAAGUCGAACUCGAAGCGGCGAGAAAUCAGUUGUACGAAUACGAAAAAGAGAUUAAAUACUUGAAAGCGAUGAACCGGAAGUUAGAUUUUGAGCUCGAACAAAUGAGCACGGAGUUGCAAGAGAAGAAGAAAAAGUUGAAAAAGUUUGCGGCGGCGCAGCAGGCGGAAUCGUCGAACGAAAACUGA